UUGAAAGCUGUUUUCACAUCGCUGGUAAAUGCGCUCUAUCAUUCGGUAUCGUAAUCGCAAUCGAGUACGGAAAGCCCGGAAAAAGAAGUCAUCGAGGCCGAUAUAUCCAUGUUAACGUUUGUCGUUAUGCUACGAUAUCUUUUAUAGUUUGUUUAAAUGUGAUCGAUCUGAUACACUGUUUAAUAACUCGUUAAAAUGGAGAGUGAGAUUAAACUCACCGAGGAAGAACUUUCCCGCAUGAACGUGGAUGAAUUGAGGAAACGACUGUGGAAAGGUGAACAGGAAAAGAUGGCUCUGAUAGUUAACCAUGGAAGUCUGAUGAAAGAGGUUAAUCGCAGGAUGCAGGUACAUUUGUUGGAAAUUAGAGGUUUGAAAGAGGUCAAUCAAAGACUUCAGGAUGACAACCAAGAACUUAGAGAUCUGUGUUGUUUUUUGGACGAUGAUCGACAAAAAGGAAGAAAACUAGCAAGAGAGUGGCAACGAUUCGGACGAUACACGGCAAGUGUUAUGCGAAGUGAAGUUUCAACCUACCAAAACAAACUAAAGGACCUGGAAACGAAACAGGAACAGUUACUCCAGGAUAACCAGGAAUUAAAGGAACUCUGUAUAUUUCUUGACCAAGAAAGAGUCGGGUGCCGGAAUUCAUUGUGUAGUCAAUGUAGUGCUAGUUUGAACUCUGCGACGAGAGAUCAAGGCGAUGGUAGCUCAAGUGCUGGAAGCAAUUCAAGCCCCACUGAGACAAAGCGGGACACGCUUUUGUCAAGUAAAAACAGACGGGAAAUUUCGGAAUUGCGACAGAAGGGUCAGCGAGGUGCCAAUAUAAAUGAACAAACGCUGCACUAUAUCAAAGAACUUGAAGAACAUGUUAGACAUUUGGAAGACGAAAAAAAACAAGUUGCACAGUUUGCUGAGAGGAAUGGCUAUGGGGAUGCUGAAAGAAUGAAUGGAAGAUGUCUUCCCAAAUCUUACAGUGCUACAAACUAUAGGGAUUUAUCAUCAGCAGUAAGUUCAUGAACACCUUGUUUUACUCACAUAAUCUA